AGAGCACGUGGUUGCCGUGUGGCGGGGCAGGAAGAUGGCGAGCGGUGGUUAUCAGGGCGCCAACUGCCUGCGGAUGAGGCUGGUACUCGCCACACUGAGCGGCAAACCAGUGAAGAUCAGCAAGAUCAGGAGCAGCGAGGACAACCCCGGCCUGAGAGAUUUCGAAGCGAGUUUCAUUCGGCUUUUGGACAAAUUGACAAAUGGCUCCAGAGUUGAGAUAAAUGAAACUGGUACAACACUAUACUAUCAGCCUGGUCUUCUACACGGAGGAACGAUAGAGCACGACUGCCACACCCAGCGCUCCAUUGGUUAUUACCUGGAAGCCUUGCUCUGUCUCACUCCAUUUAUGAAGAAGCCAUUGAAAGCUAUUCUGAGAGGAGUAACCAACGACCAGAUCGACCCUUCUGUAGAUGCCCUUAAAGUGACGGCUAUCCCUUUGCUGAAAAGAUUUGGUAUAGAUGGUGAAGAACUUGAGCUAAAGGUCACCCGGCGAGGCAUGGCGCCCGGAGGAGGAGGCGAGGUUGUCUUUUCCUGUCCAGUGAAGAGUGUUUUGAGGCCAGUCCAGUUCACAGACCCUGGAAAAAUUAAACGGAUUAGAGGAGUGGCGUACUCUGUCCGGGUGUCACCACAGAUUGCCAACAGGUUAGUCGAUGCGGCCAGAGGAGUCCUGAACCAGCUGAUACCGGAUAUUUACAUCUGUACCGAUCAUCUCAAGGGAACCAAUUCAGGAAAGUCACCAGGAUUCGGUCUGACUCUGGUCGCUGAGACGACAAAUGGAACUUUCCUCAGCGCUGAGGUGGCCUCGAAUCCUCGGGGUCAAGGGUCGGCCGUCUUGGCAGAAGACCUUGGGAAGAACUGUGCGCAACUUCUUUUAGAAGAAAUCUACAGAGGUGGCUGUGUGGAUUCGGCAAACCAGAGUCUGGCUCUGCUGUACAUGACCCUUGGACAGCAAGAUGUCUCAAAAGUUCUGCUUGGCCCUUUGUCCCCAUACACAAUCGAGUUUCUUCGGCACCUCAGAAGCUUCUUUCAAAUCAUGUUCAAAAUUGAAACGCAGCCAAGUGAAGAACGGAAAGGGGGCGAGAAAGUGCUGAUGACGUGCGUCGGAAUUGGCUUCUCCAACAUCAGCAAGACUAUCAGAUAAAGAGCGGGGCCAGUCCGCAACAGCCGCUGUCCCUGGUUUGGUCACAGUCUGCCAACCCACAGAAAGCUGGGAGCUCUCGACAGAGAGUUAGUACUCAGCACUAGAAAAAGGAGGCCUAAUUGAGGCUUUCCUGACCAAUUUUGUGAGCUUCUGCCAUUCCAUUCCUCCGUUUUGAUGCCCACCUCCCAUGACAACCUGAGCACUGUGUGUAUUAUCUGAUCGUUUAUCGGACUCCAUUAAGAAAUCUAAUUUAUCAAGUUCAAAUAAGAAGUACUUGUCUAGUCCUAGUCACUGGCCUUUCUUUUAGGAGAUGGAUAUUUAAGCUGUGUCGGUGCCUUGCUUUAACGGAAGCGGUACCUCCUGAACUGUUGUGUGGUUGACUAUGUUAGAAUGGUUCAUCUUAUGAUCCUUAUUUAAAAACCAAAUCUGUCUCAAAUAUCUCAUAUGAACUAGAAUUGAUCCUUUUCCUCCUGUCCAAUAGUCAAAUACAUCAGUUUACUAACCAGUGCAGAAAGAGCCAUUUGAAUUGAAUUUUCUGGACUCUUAAAAAGAUGUUCCCAAUACCUGCUAUGUAUUGUUUUAAAACUCUUUAUUUUGUUUUAAAAAAAAUACACAGAUGGUUUGCAGUGACCUGUGUGAUAUAAUGGCAUAGUGGAAAAAGGAUCACUUGGGAAUCGAAAGUUUGCUCAUUACUCAACUCCAUAAAUACUGGCAAGAAGAGAGCUGCUCUGUAUACAGGGCUGAUGCUCAGUGCUGAAUCAAUGCCCAGGCCUGUCUAGCUGAAAGACUAAACAUUAACUAGAGAUUAAACAAAGUAAUCCUAGUAACCCAUGUCAAGUAUGUUUAUCGAAAGUUUUACUCGAGGAGAGGUGAAAUGUUGGGGCUCACAAACAAUAAAAUUCUCUUUGGAUUU